UUUGUCUACGGAUUUUGACAUUUGCCAAAUCAGCCAGGCUCGCCCGUUCGCAGAAAAUUAAUAAAAAUUCGAAUAAUAUUCAUUUUUUCUGAAUGAAUACGUUGUCAGACUGUGAUAUUUAGCAUAUGUGACCGACCUUAGGUCACUGCAUGCGUUCUUGAUCAGCGAUAUGGCGACUUACGAGGAGUUCAUUCAACAGAAUGAGGACAGGGAUGGCAUACGGUUUACAUGGAACGUGUGGCCGUCGAGCAGAAUCGAAUCGACGAGGCUUGUUGUGCCGUUGGCGUGUCUCUACCAGCCGCUGAAGGAGCGGCCGGAUCUGCCCCCGAUCCAGUAUGAACCCGUGUUGUGCACACGCAAUACAUGCAGGGCCAUCUUAAAUCCCAUGUGCCAGGUUGAUUAUAGAGCAAAAUUAUGGGUGUGCAAUUUCUGUUUCCAAAGAAAUCCUUUUCCUCCACAAUAUGCUGCUAUAUCAGAGCAACACCAGCCUGCAGAACUGAUACCAAACUUUUCGACCAUUGAGUACACUAUCACUCGGGCUCAGACUAUGCCGCCAAUAUACCUGCUGGUGGUGGACACUUGCUUGGAUGAGGAAGAACUAGGAGCACUGAAGGAUUCCCUCCAAACUUCACUCAGUUUAAUGCCACAGAAUGCUUUAGUUGGUCUUAUUACUUUUGGAAGAAUGGUUCAAAUUCAUGAAUUGGGCACAGAAGGUAUAUCUAAAUGCUAUGUCUUCAAGGGCACUAAAGACCUCACAGCCAAGCAGAUUCAGGAACAACUGGCUAUUGGCCGUGUGAAUGCUGCAAAUCCUCAGCAACGUCCUGGUGCACCAGCACCUCCACCACCUGCGAGCCGGUUCCUGCAACCAGUCAAACAGUGUGACAUGGCAUUGACAGACUUACUUGGAGAGCUUGGCCGAGAUCCGUGGCCACUUGGUGUUGGCAAGAGACCUCUACGUAGCAGUGGUGUUGCACUGUCCCUGGCUGUUGGACUAUUAGAAGUCACAUACCCUAAUACUGGAGCUAGAAUCAUGCUGUUCCUUGGUGGGCCAUGCUCUCAGGGUCCUGGUCAGGUGGUCAAUGAUGAACUGAAGCAGCCGAUCCGUUCCCACCACGACAUCCAGAAGGAUAAUGCAAAGUAUAUGAAGAAAGCCAUCAAGCAUUAUGAGGCUCUGUCUCUACGUUCAGCGACUAAUGGUCACGCCAUUGACAUUUACUCAUGUGCCCUGGACCAGACUGGUUUGAUGGAAAUGAAGCAAUGCUGUAAUUCUACUGGAGGUCACAUGGUGAUGGGUGACUCAUUCAACUCAUCGCUAUUCAAGCAGACAUUCCAGAGGGUGUUCGCCAAGGACCAAAAGGGAGACUACAAGAUGGCAUUCAAUGGCACCCUGGAGGUUAAGUGCAGCCGGGAAUUGAAGAUAACGGGCGCAAUAGGUUCGUGUGUGUCGCUGAACGUGAAGGGACCUUGCGUGUCGGACCAGGAGGUCGGUAUGGGCAACACGUGCCAGUGGAAAAUGUGCACUUUCACGCCCAGCUCCACUAUGGGGAUAUUCUUUGAGGUGGUGAACCAGCACGCGGCCCCAGCGCCGCAGGGCGGGCGCGGCUGCGUGCAGUUCAUCACGCAGUACCAGCACUCCAGCGGUCAGCGCCGCGUCAGGGUCACCACAGUCGCGCGCAACUGGGGCGACGCGGCCGUGAACCUGCACCACAUCGCGGCCGGGUUCGACCAGGAGGCGGCGGCCGUGGUGAUGGCGCGGCUGGUCGUGUACCGCGCCGAGCUCGAGGACGGGCCCGACGUGCUGCGCUGGCUUGACCGCAUGCUCAUACGACUGUGCCAGAAGUUCGGCGAGUACGCGAAGGACGAUCCGAACAGCUUCCGUUUGUCGGAGAACUUCAGCCUGUACCCGCAGUUCAUGUACCACCUGCGACGCUCGCAGUUCCUACAGGUGUUCAACAACUCGCCCGAUGAGACCACCUUCUACAGACACAUGCUGAUGCGCGAGGACCUAACACAGUCGCUGAUCAUGAUCCAGCCGAUCCUGUACUCGUACAGCUUCGGCGGCCCGCCGGAGCCCGUGCUCCUCGACACCUCCUCCAUACAGCCCGACCGCAUCCUCCUCAUGGACACCUUCUUCCAGAUACUUAUAUACCAUGGAGAGACCAUAGCGCAAUGGCGCGCGCUUCGCUACCAAGAGAUGCAAGAGUACGAGAGCUUCGCGCAACUGCUGCGCGCGCCGGUGGACGAUGCGCAGGAGAUCCUGCAGAGUCGCUUUCCUGUGCCGCGGUACAUCGACACUGAACACGGAGGAUCGCAGGCGCGGUUCCUGUUAUCGAAGGUGAAUCCAUCGCAGACACACAACAACAUGUACGCGUACGGAGGGGCGAUGCCGAUUCCAUCAGCGGACGGUGGCGCUCCAGUGCUGACCGAUGACGUCUCCCUGCAAGUGUUCAUGGAGCACCUCAAGAAGCUGGCGGUGUCAUCGACGGCCUAACGUCCUCGGACCUAGGGUGUCGCCAAACAAAGUUGUCACUGACCUGUGAAUAACAUUUUCCCUGCGGCUUAACGAAUUCUUAUAAAGCCUAUUAAAACCAUUGCUAGGCAAAGGAUUUAUCGAAGGACUCCUCUUUAUCUAAUCUAUAUAAAUCCUACUUACUACCAGCUACAGCAGGAGAACAAGCAAGAAAGUAGUUUUUCGUCUUCUUCCAGGACACGUUCAGUGUCAUCUUUUUUUGGCUACGUCUGUCACAUACUGAUGUCUGUUGUGCCGUUAGUAAAUAAACUCCCCUUUUUUAUCGAGUCGGUUAAGCUGUCACGUUCCGUUUUAUGAUCCCGUUAGAGAAGCAAAAUAUUAUAAUUUAGUCUAUCACAAAUCUCGCAUCAAUUAUUAGAUAUUACUUGAAACUAUCUUUAAGGGUUAAAAUAAAAACUUUGCGUGUAGCUAAACGAAGAAAUUUGAGUUAUAAAUUAUAUAUCUGAACUAAUUCAUACUUUUAGAAUACAGACAUCAGUUUUGUUUAGGCAAUCCAACGUUUGCAGUCUAAGUUAACAAAUAUAUUUUCUACAAUGUAAAUUUUAAUAUGCAAUUAAAAUGUUUAUGAAUUA